UCAGUUGGUGAAGAUGAGGUAGUUCGCAAAAUUCCCCAGGACAUAUCAACUAGAUGGAAUAGUACCUACCUUAUGUUAUCAGUUUAUACGUCUAUGCCUACGAUAAUAGUAGCAGUUAUGAGGUGUCAUAGUAAUCUUGCCUAUUAUAGGCUUAGUCAAGAAGAAGAUUCUAAUCUUCAAGCUAUAACCUGGUUUUUACAACCGUUUUAUGAAAUUACAAAUAUACUUUCUG